AUGACUCAUUUUACUUUAAUACGAACCCUUCUGAUAGUAGUCUGUCUUGGCGUAUGUGCAUUCUUUCUUGAAGUGUCAGGCGGACAAACAGGAAACUACCGAAUAAAACGGCAACUUAGAACUGGUGGAAGUUUUGAUUGGUCUGCAUAUAGCAAAGGGUGGAAUGAACCGACAAAUUACAUUAGAGAAAUGGGUCUGUUCAGAAGACCGAGAAUGAUGAUGAAGGGGCGCUUGUGGAGUAAAAGGGUUGGCUUGGAUGAUUAUUAUGGAAGAUUCGGUCCUCCGUGGCGUCAAUUAUUUGGUAGAAGUUUUGGUCAUAGGUUUGCUGGUUUUUCACUGGGUCCAAUAAGUUGGUUUCAAGGUGAAAGUUUUGGAAGAGGACGAGCUUUUGGUGGUGGAGGGCCUUUUGGGGGCAGAAGGCGUUUUUGGGGCGGAGGGCCUUGGGCACGUAGAAGAUUUUGGCGUAGACGAUUCAUGGGUAUGGAUGAUGGCUGGUAA